GGAAUUAUUUUUUUGUGACGAAGGAAGUCCGAGAGUGCGAAAUUGUGGGAAUAAAUGAUUUUAGCUGCCUGAACUUCAAUCAUCAGUUUAAUAUAUUUGCAGUUAAUUUAAUUUAAUGUGUUUGUAGAACAAAGGAAGCCACGAUGCUCAUUAAAGUGAAGACACUCACUGGCAAAGAAAUCGAGAUCGACAUCGAGCCCACAGACAAGGUGGAAAGAAUUAAAGAGAGGGUGGAGGAGAAAGAGGGAAUACCACCUCAGCAACAGAGACUCAUCUACAGUGGAAAACAGAUGAAUGAUGAAAAAACAGCAGCAGACUACAAGAUCCAGGGUGGCUCGGUGUUGCAUUUAGUUCUUGCAUUAAGAGGCGGGAAGAUCCACCAGCAUCCCAACAAUCUCCUCUCAACAAUCUAAUCGCUAAACCUGGAUUGGCCACCUGAAGUAUCUAGUCAGUGUUCACACAUGUCACAAAAACAUGUGAACUGUAUGGUGGUUUGAUAAAAAAUAGCCACUAUUCAUUUUCAGUUUGGAUUGUUCAGCGUUUUCCUGUUAAUGGCACUCCUCUAUACUUGUUGAGAGGAUGGAUGUGCUGGUUUGGUUAGGUUUCAAAACUCAUAGACCAGAUUUAAAACUCAUGUAUGUGUUUGUCAAUAAAAAGUGAUGCUGACAUUCAA